UCCGAAUGCCCAAGUCAAAAAGAGAUAAAAUCGUUUCUUUAACUAAAGUCAAGAAGAAGACAAAGGAAACAAAAGGCAAACUUAUUGAUGAGGUACGUGAAUGCCUUUUAAAAUACAACAAUCUUUUUGUAUUUUCAACCGCCAAUUUACGUUCUAAUAUUCUUAUAAAAAUUCGCCAACAUUUUAAACAAAAUUCUCGAAUAUUUUAUGGAAGAAACGGUGUUAUGGCUGUUGCUUUGGGUAAAACGCCUGAACAAGAAGUUGAAAAUGGAUUACAUCAGGUUGCUCAAAUGUUGAAAGGUCCUUGUGGUUUAAUGUUUACAAAUGAGAAGAAAAGCAAUAUUUGCAAGUUCUUCGACCAAUUUUCCGAAGAAGAAUUUGCACGUGCCUGUGAUUUGGCGCCUUUUGAGGUUGUAAUUCCUGCGGGUCCAGUCCAUGUUGAUGACGAUGGAAAAAUUGAAUUGUUGGAACGUUUUGUUGUAUGCAAAGAAGGAGAUAAACUUUCUUCUGAUCAAACAAAAAUUUUGCGGCAUUUUGGACGUCGUUUGGUUGAAUUUAGAAUUACACUUCUUGCAUUUUGGUCAAAAAAGAAAGGCUUCAAAAGAUUUAAAGAAGCUGUUGAAGACAACACAGAGAAAAUGGAUGAAAAUUAA